AUGUCUGCAUCACCGAAAGAAACCGACCACGAAGCUGGUGUCCAGAGCCCUGAUGACCCGGAUGCAGUGAUGAACGAUCCACACAAUUCUCUUGCCUUCGAGUUCGAGGUGAAAGAACAAGAUCGAUGGUUACCCAUAGCAAAUGACUGGCCAGUCAGUGGCCUUGGAGGUCAAACGCUUCACCUUCUAGUGGUGUCACGGCCGGUCACACAUCCUAUCAUGUCUCACGAUUCGCCGUCUCAGUCACCAGAGACGCCGCAUCCGUCUAAGCCCACCAAACAUGACUACUCUGAUUCUAACAUCCGGAACUUUGCUCCAGUCGCCAGAAUUAUGAAGACCGCCCUCCCUGAAAAUGCCAAAAUCGCAAAAGAAGCAAAAGAGUGUAUGCAAGAAUGCGUGAGCGAGUUCAUCUCGUUCAUUACAAGCGAAGCUUCGGAGAAAUGUCACCAAGAGAAACGGAAGACGGUUAACGGAGAGGACAUCCUGUUUGCCAUGACGUCGUUGGGGUUCGAGAACUAUGCGGAAGCGCUCAAGAUUUACCUGUCCAAGUACAGAGAAACUCAGUCGACCAGAAGCGAGCAACGGCCCAGUAGUCAAGGUGGUUUCGGCUCAGUCGCCUCAGGCGCUUCAGCGUCCGCCAACGUCCCGCCUACGGUCUUCCAAGGUGGAAGUGAAGGAUCCAACAACCAUCUUGGUAGCCAACAAGGAGGAGAAGCCGGUGAUCAUGAUCCCAAUGCCUACGGCAAUAUGUAUGGCGGGCAAGUCUCAAGCGGACACAACGGCGCAGCAGCUGGGGAUGGUUAUUAG